CAACGAAAGAAUCGCAAGCCAGAUCAAGAUGUACGGCAAUUCAUACGGCUAUAAUGCCAUGCAGGGUGGCAUGCAGGGCUACGGAGGAGGCUAUGGAGGGUUCCAGGGUGGUCAGGGGUAUGGUGGCAUGAACGAUGGCUUCCAGGGCGGUGGCGGUGGCUACUCAGGCAGGAUGGGGGGUCGUGGAGGAGGAGGCUUUGCCCCCAGGCCAGCUGGUGCCAACGGCAUGGGAGGCGGCAUGGGGGGCGGCCCAAGACCAAGGAUGGAUCAGGAAUUUGUGGAGGGCAAGCUUUUCCUGGGCGGCCUGGACAAUGCAACGAGCAAGGAAGCCCUGCUGGAAUAUUGUGGACAGUGGGGGGAAGUGUCUGACUACGUGCUGAUGGAGGGGCGUGGGUUUGGGUUUGUGACUUUCAAAGAUCCUCAAAACGCGCAGCAAUUCCUCGAGCAACGGGAACACGUCAUCGACGGAAAGAAAGUUGAGGCCAAGGCUGCUGUGCCUAAAAACUCUGGCAACAGCCCCAUGCUGACAAGGAAAAUGUUUGUGGGCGGCACGGGCGAGAUUUCAGACGAGGAGUUCAGGGAUUACUUCCUUGGAUUUGGAGAGAUUGAAGACUCAGUGGUGCUGCGGAAACCAGACGGCGGCUCAAGAGGCUUUGGCUUUGUCACCUUCAAGGACGAGAUGUCCGUGGAGAAGUGCUUGGUCAUGCAGCACUUCUUGAAUGGCAAGCAGGUGGAGAUCAAGCGAGCAGUGAAGAAGGAGGAGAUGGGCGGGGGACCCGGUGCUGGCGGCGGCAUGGGGGCCGGGGCCGGCGGCGGCGGCGGCGGCUAUGUUGGCGGUGCCGGAGGCCCAGUCAGGGGCGGCAAGGAGGCUGACUGGAUCUGCCCCGACCAGAACUGCGCCAACAAGAACUUCGGCUGGCGCCAGGCGUGCAACCGGUGUCAAAUCCCCAAGCCAGCGCACCUCAAGACUGGCGGCAUGAACAUGGGCAUGGGCGGCGGCUACGGCGGCCGCGGCGGCACUGGCGGCGAGUUCGAGGGACCGGGUGCAUAUGGCGCCGGCCCCACUGCCAUGGGCAUGGGUGGCAUGGGCAUGGGGGGUUACGGCAACUUCCCGGCGGGUGGCUACGGGGCAAUGGGGGGCUACGGAGGAAUGGGGGGCAUGGGGGGGAUGGGUGGCUUCAACGGGGGCAUGGGCAUGGGCUUCCCGGCAGCUGCCGCGGCCGGCGGCUACGGGGGCGGUUACGGUGGCAGUGGCGGCGCGGGUGGCGGCUACGAAGCCGGCCGGUACCGGCCGUACUGAGGCGGUAGGCUAUGUCUCUCGUCUCUUUAGCAGAGUUGGCAAGCCUGCCAUGCCCCCUGCUCGCUGUGCUUCUUCAGUGGUUGCGGGGGCUGGCGUGCUGUGCUGUUAGCUCUCAGAGGAUGGGGCUAGGCUGAAGUUGAGGCAGGAGAGAGGGCUGUCAAGAAGGGGCUAGGCUUCGGCUAGGCUGCUAUGACCAAGGAGAGAGAGAGCGUGGCGUCAAGCUGUAGGCUCAGUUUGGAGAUGCCUUUCAAGGGCCCUGCUGUGUCAAGACGGGCCACUCUGCCCAGAAGAACCCAGCAAGAAAGUAAAAUCAGCAGCAUCAUAGAGCUUAAGACAAACGCAACAGAUGCAUAGCGCUCAUAUAUGUUAUGGACACCUUGUGCGUGUGAUAGUGACAUGUAGAGUUGUUUUGUUGUGCAUAUAUAUGUGGAUUGGGCAGAGUAACAGGCUGCAGUAUUGGGGGGAGCAAGAUACGGCAGGAUGCAAAUAGACUUGGAUGUGUGCAACUGUGUCCUCUUGUCCUUGUGUGUACAUCAGAUUUCCUGCAGCUGUGUGUGCUUGUGUUUCAAUGUAAAAAGCACGAAGAUGGUAG